CUUGCGCACGCGUACUUCAUAGAAGGAUGAACGAGAGUGGCCCCUAGUACCGGAGCUUCCCGAUCUCGUUGCGCUUCUCGAAUCAUCGUAUAAGACACUCCGUCACUUGUAUCCGGUUUCAAAGGAUAUUCAUCUGAAGAGUGUCUUGAGGUAUAAGGCAUACGGAAACAAGUGAAUGCGAUAGCGUAACAAACCUAGGCUGAAUCUAAGACUCGGAAAAUCCCAAUUAACACGGCCUGUCACGUUGUGACAACACGCGUCUUCAGGACGCGUCCGACGUGCAUUCUUGUUUAUCAAUAACCCCCACCUUAAAUCCAUCAUCUCAUUCUCUAUACAGAGUCCGAAGAUGCUUCCCACACCACUUCAUUCAAUAUCUAACUCUCCUCUUUCCCGAUCUUCUUUUACUCCGCUUAAAGGCACUUUGAAGCAGCACUCUAUCGAACGUCACCAAGAAACCUCUGAUAGCGCGAACACCGCGUCCUUCCCUCACAGUUGUGCAUCAUGUAAAACAGUGUUAGCCGAGGGCACGACAUUUAAAUGGUGUCUUGAUUGUGUCGUGCAUGAGGCGAAGAGGAUGCAGGAGAACAGAGACGCGUCGCGGCGGAGGAGGGCAAAACUUCGGGCUAGCAGUUCUAAUUUAAGCAGUCAGCAUGAGUUGAUGCAGGUGGACCCUAUGCCAAAAGCUCGAUCUACGUUUUCGACUGCUUCUUUAGUGAAGGGGAACAAAGAAGGGAUUACAAGCGUUUUAGGCAAACGCAAAUUGGAGGUGGAUGUAGAUCCAAGCAGCAGUGCACCUCCAUCUAUCCCGCCACAGACACAUGCAUGUCAAGAGUAUCAAACUAGUGCCGACCUCUUCGCGGCCAUCUCAUACAAUACCAAGACUAUCUCAUUCACUACCCGAUUCCUUGAAGGAAACACCUCAGGGUCGUCUUCGAUACCUCCACCUCGAGACAAAUGGGCUUUUAACGCGUCAUACACCGUCAUUGCAGACCCUACCGUAACGCGGUUGCGGCGUAUGGAAAUGGUCCUCAGAGAGUUCAAGAAGGCGAUAUCACUCCCCUUCAGAUUGCCAGGACGUAUAGAAGCUUCCAAAGGCUCUGACCUCCUCAUAAAGGUCUUUCCAUGCCAAUGUACCCAGGGCCGCCAAGCCGCGCCAUCCACAUCUCCUGUUCCCACUCUAUCUGCAACUUCAUCUUCUUCGUUUUUCCCCAUGCAGCCCUCUGCUUCGAAUUCCAAGUCAGCUGAGAUGCAUACAUCCGAUAUGAAGCCUAAACCUACGCUCAAAAAGACGCAGAGUACACUGUCGAAUUGGUUCGUCAGUACAGGCGUCAAAGGAAAGGCGACCGCUCAAACGAGUUCCGCUAGCACUGUGAAUAUCGAGGAGAAAGUAUGCACUGGGUUCGUGAGGAUUGCAGUAGCGACAGAUACUUCGCAUAGGCUGGGACGCAAGUUGAAGGGUCAGAAGAUUAUUAUAUGCUUUGAACACCCUGAUGGUGGCACUCUCGUGCCAUAAAGGAGUUCUAGAGGAACGGGGAACGUAGGCGGAAACCAUACAAUAACAGGUUGCUUAUUUUCUUGGCGCAUCGUUGAUACAUUUUUGUUGCUUUUCAUACCUCAUCUUUAAUAACCAACCACUGAAUACCUGCCUGCUAAUGGCAGGACUAGCCA